AUGAAGUUCUCGACUGUUGCUGCCCUUUGCGCUCUUGCCGCUCCAGCGAGUGCUUUCGCACCUGCCUCCAUCAGCCGCUCUAGCACUUCCUUGAACGCUGAGAUCCGUGGCCCCAGCGAAAAGGCGGAAGUCUUGGCCAAUGGAUGGGAUGGUACCACAGCCCUUGGAGGAGCUGUUGAGGUUGCUGCUCCUGCCCGUAUGUUGGAUGAAAUUCGGGCUGCCGGAGAAACCAUUCCUCCAGAUUGCGAAGUCUUCAACGCCAAUGUUGAGAUGGAUGCUGAUGACCUCAAGUUUGAGGAGGUUAUUGAACUUAUCGAUACACACUAUGAAUGUGGAUUGAUCGAGUUCAAGAAUGGAAAUAUUGUCAACAAGCAAGGAGAAAACGAAGGAUCUGCCAAAGUUCUUUCUUAUGCUGCUCUUUCUGGUAUGGAUAAGGAGACCACCCUCAAGCUGUGGGGACAAUAUUACCGUGACGUCCUUGCCAAGCCUGAUGGAGAUGAUCACCAAAAUAUUCGUCAAUUCAUGGCAAAUGGCUGGGAUGGAGUUCCAUUCGAAAAUGGAAUUGCCUUGACCAAGAAGAAUGUUGGUGACAACGACUGGGACUGGGACGCUGAGAGCUGGAUUCCUUAA